AUGGCGAUGCUAAAUCUGAGUGAUUGUUUUUCAACUGCUUAUCUUUUAGUAUUUGCACUCAGUGUUGUAGACUUAAGUAUCACAGGAGUUCAGUAUGUUCUAAGUGCUAAGAACCCCGAGGCUGGUCUAAGAUUUGGAGUGUACGCUGCAUGUCAAGUGUUUCAUAUUUUCCUUUUAACUUUACCAACUCAGCAUUUACUGGAUAACAGUAUUAACUUUUCGAGCUGCAUAUAUCAGUCAAAUUGGUAUUCUUUAUCAAGUGAAACAAAAAAACUAUUACUCAUUAUAAUGGAAAGAGGAGUUAGACCUACUACAUUUGUCGUUGGAAGAAUAUUUAUACUUUCUUUUCAAUUUUUUACAAGGAUUCUCCAAACAUCAAUGUCUUACUUUACUGUAUUAAUGUCUGUCCGAGAAUAAAAUUGGAUUUCUAUGAGAUGCUGAAUGAAAUAUUCAAAC